AUGAAUGGAGCAGUUGAGGCUACAAAUAAGAAUAUCAAGAAGAUUUUAAGGAAGAUAGUAGACAGUCAUAGGCAAUGGCAUGAGAAGUUACCAUAUGCUUUGCUCGGUUAUCGCACCACAAUCAGAACAUCAACUGGGGCAACUCCUUAUAUGUUGGUUUAUGGUUCAGAAGUAGUAAUACCUGCUAAGAGGAUGGACGCGGUUUGUCAUGGCCAACUCUAUCAGAACAGAAUGACCAAAGCCUUCAACAAAAAAGUCAGACCUCGACAGUUCACACCGGGGCAGUUAGUAUUGAAGAAGAUCUUUCCUUAUCAAGGAGAAGCCAAAGGGAAAUUUGCACCAAAUUGGCAAGGACCCUACAUGAUUCAUAGAGUACUCUUAGGAGGAGCGGUAAUCUUAGCAGAAAUGGACGGCAGAGUGAGCACAAAGCCAAUCAAUUCAGACGCCAUCAAGAAAUACUACAUCUGA